CUUCACAUUCUUCUUGUCCAAAAAACGUUAACCAUCUCUAUCCUAAGCUAAAUGUUGGAGGGUGUUCGUAGUGCAGUCCUUGAUCAAUGCAAGUGAAGGGAUUGGAUGAGGGAUGCUGCCACGUCACACCUGAUCGUCAGUGACUCCUUUGUAAUCAAACCGGCAGUGUACUAUAUUAUGUUAGUACGUAGUAGAUCAGUAGAUGCAGUGGAUGCAACGGUGCGCUGCCAAUCUGAUUCUAGGGUGAUCGUGUUUAGGCUAAACAUAUUAUGUUAGUAGGUAGUAGUAGAUUAGAAAUCUUCAGUGUACCUCCAGUUACAGGAGAGAAAGUGGCAUGGAGAAGAAUUGUGAGAUUCUCUGUCAUAGAUACGUAAGAGCCGGUACAGUAAAACACAUAAUUAAAUAUCAGGUCGGAAACGUGUCGCUGGUUUCUACUCCCUCCAUUUCAGAACGUAUUAACCUAUAAUUGAAUAAGACCCAUCCUAGAACAUGUCAUCCCAUUCUAGAUUGCUACAUUCUAGAAAGUAGGUAGUAUCUUUUAAGCUAAAGACAUAUUUAUGAGCGUGUAAGUAUAGUGUUGUGUGUAAUAACAUAUGUGCUUGUGUACUACCGUGUAAUCCAAAAAAAAAUGCUCUAGAGGUCAGGGUUCACAAUUCCGAUGAAAACCGGUCAAAUUCCGCAAAAUUUCGACGUUUUGACACGGUUUGGAAUUAAGUUUCGAUUAGAAUUUCGAAGGUUAAACAUUAGAUUUGGUCGAAAUUCAGUCGAAAUUUAUCAAAAACCGAUCAAAAUUUAUCGAAAACCGUGAUAUCGAUGUGGCUCGAAAUUUAGUGGUCAACCGGUAAUGUAAACCCUGCUAGAGGUGCCUCCUCUUGCUCUUCAAUACUCCAUAGAACAUUGCUAUGCUCAGAAACAUUUGAACACCUGAAAGUAAUGUUCAGAAAUCCGCUAACCCGCCAAACGCCUGAACCCAACCAAAGGCCCACGCCCAAUUGAACACUGGGCCGCGCGGCGCGCGCUCCGAAUUGCCCCGACCACCACGCCAACGCGCGAUGCGGCCAUGGCGGCCGCCGCCGACCGCCGUCGCCUCCCUCGCCCACCAAUGCUCCCUCCUCCUCCGCCGCCUCGCCGAGCGCCACUCGCCGGCCCCGACCUGCCCCUCCUCCUCCUUCCUCCGCGCCCUCCGCUGCCUCCACGCCCGCCUUCUCACCGCCGACCUCCUCCACGCCCCGUCCCACCCCCACCUCACCCUCCGCCUCAUCCACCUCUACACCCUCUCCCCCGACCUCGCCACCCCCGCGGCUCUCUUCCGCUCGGACCCCGACCCGGGCCCCGUCGCCGCCACCUCCCUCGUCGCCGCGCACGCCGCCGCCGGCCGCCUCCGGGACGCCGCCGCCUUCUUCGACGCCGUCCCGCCCGCCCGCCGCGACACCGUGCUCCACAACGCCAUGAUGUCCGCGUUCGCGAGGGCGUCCCUCGCCGCGCCCGCGGUCUCCGUGUUCCACGCCCUGCUGGGCUCCGGCUCACUCCGCCCCGACGAUUACUCCUUCACCGCGCUCAUCAGCGCCGUCGGCCAGAUGCACAACCUCGCCGCGCCACACUGCACGCAGCUGCACUGCUCCGUGCUCAAGUCCGGCGCGGCGGCUGUCUUGUCUGUGUCCAAUGCGCUCAUUGCUCUGUACAUGAAGUGCGACACGCCUGAGGCCUCCUGGGACGCACGGAAGGUGCUCGACGAAAUGCCGGAUAAGGAUGACCUCACAUGGACCACUAUGGUCGUCGGCUAUGUCAGGAGAGGCGAUGUCAAUGCUGCUAGAUCAGUUUUUGAGGAGGUUGAUGGUAAGUUUGAUGUCGUGUGGAAUGCGAUGAUCUCAGGGUAUGUCCAAUCGGGAAUGUGUGCAGACGCCUUUGAGCUAUUCAGGAGGAUGGUGUCGGAAAAGGUUCCGCUUGAUGAGUUCACUUUUACUAGCGUCCUGAGUGCGUGUGCAAAUGCUGGAUUCUUUGUGCAUGGGAAGUCAGUCCAUGGUCAGAUUAUUCGGUUACAGCCGAAUUUCGUUCCUGAGGCAGCAUUGCCUGUUAACAAUGCGUUAGUGACUUUGUACUCGAAGGGUGGAAAGAUUGUGAUUGCGAAGAGGAUAUUUGACACUAUGAAUCUGAAGGAUGUUGUUUCUUGGAACACCAUUUUGUCGGGAUACAUUGACAGCGGCUGUUUGGACAAAGCAGUUGAGGUAUUUAAGGUGAUGCCAUAUAAAAACGAUUUGUCAUGGAUGGUGAUGGUCUCAGGAUAUGUCCACGGAGGGCUUUCAGAAGAUGCUCUGAAACUGUUUAACCAGAUGAGAGCUGAGGAUGUCAAACCAUGCGACUACACCUAUGCGGGUGCAAUAGCUGCCUGUGGUGAACUUGGAGCGCUGAAGCAUGGAAGGCAGCUCCACGCACAUCUUGUACAGUGUGGAUUUGAGGCAAGCAAUUCUGCCGGAAAUGCACUUCUAACAAUGUAUGCCAAAUGUGGCGCUGUGAACGAUGCUCGUCUUGUGUUCCUUGUGAUGCCCAAUUUAGACUCUGUCUCGUGGAAUGCCAUGAUUUCAGCUCUUGGGCAACAUGGACACGGUAGAGAGGCACUUGAGCUAUUUGACCAGAUGGUUGCUGAAGGCAUAGAUCCUGACCGAAUUUCUUUCCUCACAAUUUUGACAGCAUGUAACCAUGCUGGUUUGGUAGAUGAAGGCUUCCAUUAUUUUGAGUCCAUGAAGAGGGACUUUGGCAUUAGUCCUGGAGAAGAUCAUUAUGCACGGCUGAUAGAUUUACUUGGUCGCUCUGGAAGAAUUGGAGAAGCUAGAGAUUUGAUCAAGACAAUGCCUUUUGAGCCUACCCCGUCCAUUUGGGAGGCGAUUCUCUCUGGCUGUCGGACUAAUGGAGAUAUGGAAUUUGGUGCUUAUGCAGCUGACCAGCUGUUUCGGAUGAUACCACAGCAUGAUGGAACAUACAUCCUACUGUCUAACACAUAUUCAGCUGCUGGACGUUGGGUCGAUGCUGCAAGAGUUAGAAAGCUAAUGCGUGAUCGUGGGGUCAAGAAGGAGCCUGGGUGCAGUUGGAUAGAAGUAGGAAGUAAAAUCCAUGUGUUUCUUGUUGGUGAUACAAAACAUCCAGAAGCACAGGAAGUCUACCAAUUCCUUGAAGUGAUUGGUGCUAGGAUGAGAAAGCUGGGAUAUGUUCCUGAUACAAAGUUUGUGUUGCAUGAUAUGGAGCCUCAUGAAAAGGAAUACAUAUUAUUUGCACAUAGUGAGAAGCUGGCAGUUGGAUUUGGACUUCUAAAGUUGCCUCCUGGAGCUACAGUUACUGUUUUAAAAAACUUGAGAAUAUGUGGUGACUGUCAUACUGCAAUGAUGUUCAUGUCAAAGGCGGUUGGACGGGAAAUUGUUGUUAGAGAUGUCAGGCGGUUUCAUCAUUUCAAGGAUGGAGAAUGUUCAUGUGGUAAUUAUUGGUGAAUAUUUUUUUCUGCGGUCACAGCAGCAUGACUUCUGACAGUUGUUCGUGAGGUCCCUGACUCAAACAGAGGGAUUGAAUAUGAAUCCAGGAGAAUCCGAGAAUGGACUAAUUCAGAUUGCUGGCAAAGUCGUGGAGAAACUUGGCAUUUCAUGAGGGACAUGUCAGUUGUGAUCUUAUAUUUGAUCCAUUAAGAUCAUAUUCAUAAAUAGCUGACAUAUUGAUGUGUUUAAUGGUACAAUGGGUAUCAAGGUUACAGGGCUGUCAAUGAUUAUCUUCCACAAAUCCCUUUUAGUUUCAGGUUCUGUACUGAUGUUAUAUUGAGUGACUAAAUGGUGAAGGAGAAGCUCAAUCAGCAAUGGGAACUUUUGGGGGGUUGGACGUCACAUGAGAUUUUCGGUCGUUUUCACAACGCUGGUAUAGCUGAACAUCCGCACAGUUUUUCUUUUGUUAAAAUAACCCUUUUCCCCUCAUUUUGCAAGAAUGAACCACUUUAGGAUCUGUGCACUCUGCAGGCCAGAUAAUCGGUAAUGAGCCUUUAGAUCCUGUUUUUAGGGAACAAGAAACAGAUGGCUUGUUUGAGUGAAUUCCCAAGCAAUUUUGCUGCACCAUCCAUUAAAGCCAAUACAUUAAAGACUAUGGUAACUAUCAAAUAUUAUGUUUUACUUCCAACUUCUUGCUAGUUAGAGAAAAAGAGAAACAUUUGCACUCCGCAACUUUGUCUUUUCUUCCCAUUAGCAGAGACAUAAGGAAACAUUUACACCACUAUAUUGUCACAUGGAUCUAAAUUAUAAUACUAAGAUAGAUUGAUCGAUAUUGUUGUAUGUAAAACAUGAAUUUUUGUAAAUGUAGAUCUAAAUUAUAACAAUGCUGAAACAUGGAUCUAAAUUAUAACAAUAUAGAUCGAUCCACAUUAUGUACAUGAAUUGUCUUUGCAUAAUCUGUAAGGCUCAGAAAUUUAUGUUUCAUUUAUUUUAUAAAGUAUCUGAGUGGAGAGAUGACAUUCAUUGUUACCGUAAAAGUUCAAAAAUUUUAACACCGAAGUUCCUCGAUAUUAUUAAAGAUGGGUUCAACUAUUGUGAUGUCUACAUGGCUUAAUAACAUAGUACGGUAUUUGUUUCAUGUAACACCUACGUAGUACUAGAAGUAAAACUAAAAAUGAGAACACCGAUAGAACCACAUCUCAAUAUUAUCGAAGAGUUCUAAAAAAAAAUUAUCGAAGGACCCCUCAAUAUUGUCAAAGGACUCGGUUUGCUCCGGUCCUAAAAGUUAGGAUACACUUUAUACCGGGUUUAACUAUUAAAGGACUUGGUGAUAUUAGAAGUUACUUCCUCCGUAUGAAAAAAAAGAUUGAAUUACACACAGCCAUGCCACAAAACAUAUCAGGUUCCACAUCCACGGGCCUGCGCCGACCAGCCUGUGAAGGUACACAGCGCACGAGGCCAACGUCCUCAUGCUGCGCGCCGGUCCGACCAUAUGACGGUAGGCAGUUGAGAGUUGAGACAGUUCAGCUGUUGCCCGGUGGCCAACGUUCACGAGCAGUUCAGCUACGUAUCUCAACAGGACUA